AUGGCAUCUGAUCCUAAUCUUAAAGGAAGGGCUCAUCUUUUUAAAAACAAAGGGAAAGAUGCAGAGGAAAUGCGAAGACGACGAACUGAGGUAACAGUAGAACUGAGAAAGAAUAAAAGGGAUCAGCACAUACUGAAACGGCGAAAUGUUCCUGCUCAAGACAGCACUGAUUCUGAAGAUAAUGAAAAACCAACCACACAGAAUCUUCAGGCCAUUGUUCAGAAUGCUGCCAGCAGUGAACCAUCUGUACAACUUAGUGCUGUGCAGGCAGCAAGGAAAUUACUCUCCAGUGACAGAAACCCUCCUAUUGAUGAUUUAAUAUCAUCUGGAAUCUUACCAAUUCUUGUGGAUUGUCUUUUAAAAGAUGACAAUUCUGCUUGCAGUCCAUCAUUGCAGUUUGAAGCUGCAUGGGCGUUGACGAAUAUAGCAUCUGGUACAUCUGCACAAACACAAGCUGUAGUCAAUGCAGGUGCCGUUCCAUUGUUCUUAAGAUUAUUGCAAUCUCCUCAUCAAAAUGUCUGUGAACAGGCAGUCUGGGCAUUGGGAAAUAUUAUAGGUGCCGUCAAACCACUUCUGUCUUUCAUCAACCCAACUAUUCCUUUGCCAUUCUUGCGAAAUGUGGCCUGGGUAAUAGUAAAUUUGUGUCGAAAUAAGGAGCCACCGCCCCCUGUGGACACAAUACAGGAAAUUCUGCCUGCUCUGUGUCAACUUAUCCAUCAUGUAGAUAUAAAUAUUUUGGUUGACACCGUUUGGGCAUUAUCUUACCUGACAGAUGGCGGUAAUGAUCAAAUCCAGAUGGUCAUUGAAUCUGGUGUUGUGCCCUUUUUGGUACCACUUCUCAGUCAUCCAGAAGUAAAAGUACAAACUGCAGCAUUACGAGCUGUGGGCAACAUUGUGACAGGAACAGAUGAGCAGACACAAGUUGUUCUUAAUUGUGAUGCACUUCAGCACUUUCCUGCGCUGUUAACACAUCCCAAGGAAAAGAUAAACAAAGAAGCUGUAUGGUUUUUGUCAAAUGUUACUGCUGGCAAUCAGCAACAGGUCCAAGCUGUCAUUGAUGCUGGUUUGAUUCCACUUAUCAUACAUCAUUUAUCCCAGGGUGACUUUCAAACUCAGAAAGAGGCUGCCUGGGCUAUCAGUAACCUUACAAUCAGUGGGAGAAAAGAACAGGUUGGAUUUGUUGUGCAUCAAGGAGUUAUUCCACCUUUCUGUAACUUGUUGGUUGUUAAGGACCCACAAGUUGUCAAUGUUGUAUUAGAUGGCAUCAACAACAUCUUAAAGAUGGCAGGUGAUGAUGUAGAAUCCUUAUGUCAGCAAAUUGAAGAGUGUGGUGGAUUGGACAAAAUUGAAAACCUUCAAAAUCAUGAAAAUGAGGAUAUAUAUAAACUAGCUUAUGAUAUUAUUGAUAAAUACUUUUCUGGCGAUAUUGAUGAAGAUCCGCAACUUGUUCCCCAAGCUGCAGAACAGAGCUAUCAGUUUGAUCCUGAUGCCCAAAUUCCUUCAGAAGGCUUCAAGUUCUGA